AUGAUAAAUUGCACUUAUCACAUUAGAAAUCCAAUUACAUUUGUAUGUAUAGCUCCUCACAAAUGCUAAUCGUAAAGAAAACUUUGUGCUGAAUGCCUUUAUGAUCAUGAAGUGAAUGUCAAACAAACAAUUCCGAUCAAUAAAUUUCAAGAAAUGGCCAUCAAGAAAUUAAAAGACUCCAAGCUAAAUGAUACAUCUGAACUAACCAAAUAGAGAAUGGCCUUUAAAACCUUACUCUCUCAAACUGAUUAAAUGAUGAAGAAAAUUUGGGAGGAGUUGUCACAAUCAAUGAAAUAAGUUUACAAUUGGAUUGAAAAGGAAAACUAAUCAUACUUAAACCUCCUCAAUGAAAACACUAAUCUAGCUGAAUCCUCUUACACAGACUUAGAAAAAUUAGUCAACAUUGUAGAAGGUACAACUUUAAAUGAUUGGGAUAUUUCCAAGAAUUCUUAUAUGAAUGAGUUAGAUAAGACUAUAAGCUGGUGGGACCAACAUAUAAAGGCUUUUAUUGAGAAGUCUAACUAAGGAAUCCAAUAGAUCCAAUCAUUACUUAAGUAAGUAUUUAUUUAUUAUUGUAGAAUUUCACCUAAUCAAGAAGAAGAAUAACAAGAAGUAUAUUAAAUGAAGGAAGAUCUUUAUGAGAUGCUAACCUACAUCCAGGAUAUAGAUGAAUCUCUGUAUUAGAAGAUCCUUGAUAUACUUAGAAAAUAGAAAGUUUCAGACAUUAUUGGAUUCCUGUAGAAGACAAACAAUCAUCAGUUUUAUAAAUCUUUAAACUAUAAGUAAGAGAAUAUAAAGGAGAUCGAGAAAUAAGUAAAGUAAAUAACUAAUGUCUUGAAAAAUCUUUAGGAUGAUAAAUUUAGUAAGGAUGACUAUUCUCAAGAGAAAUAUGAAAAGGAAAGAGCGGAUCUGAUCAAGAGGAUGAAGGAUAACAAAGGGAUCACAGAGUUCAUCAAAUUUUUAGUACGACUAACAUGCAUAGAUGUAAAAUUCAUUCAAUCGGGAUCAAAUGGACUUUGUUUAUUAGUGGCCAUGAAGGUUGAUAUUAGGAACCAAUCAUUUGAGAAUAUACGGAUCAAGAAUACAUCUUUGAUUGGUGCUAACUUUGUACGAUGUGAUUUGAAUGGAUCAGAAUUUGAGAAUGUGGAUAUUAGCGGAGUCAAUUUUAAUGGAGCUUAAAUGUUCAAUUGUAAAUGGAAGAACAUAAAAGUCCAUGAAUUGAAUAGGUUGGAUGGCCAUAGUAGUUGUGUUA